GCCUGCGUCCCGCGGAUCGACAAACAGAGCAGCUAUUGUUAGCGUCGGACUGGAGCAGCCAGCAGGUUGUGUCAGAGUUUAUCCCACCACAGCCUACCUGUUGAAUAUUCACACCAUUUAAUUCACAGGCAAGGGUCGAGCCUGCGUCGAAGAACAAAUAUAAGCUGUGGGACAGGUGAUGAAAAGGAAAAGUGUGUCGCGGAAGGAAGGAACACGUUGAGGAAAGCUCGGACGAAAGAAGGAAGUAAAUAAGGACGACUCGACCGUUGGGUUUGGAACUCAACAGGUUGGCUACUUCAAUGUUCUAACCGCGGCUCGGAAUUUUCUACUCUCAACGAAACGUCGACAAACAAACUCGAACCACAAUAAAAAUGCCGUUGGCACCAUGGAGGAAGAAAAACAAAUCGACGAAGGAGCAUUUGAUGGAAAACGAGGAGGUCGGCGGCGGACAUGCAGGUGCCACCGGGAGCUUGGCUAAAUCCGCCGUGAACGGAGCAGGACUGCCGCCUCCACCUGCCAACCUGCGGCCCAAAUUGGUCUUCCACACGCAGCUGGCGCACGGAAGCCCCACCGGCAGGAUCGAGGGAUUCUCCAACGUGAAGGAGUUGUAUUCGAAAAUAGCAGAAGCGUUUAAUAUAAGUCCACCCGAGAUCUUGUUCUGCACCCUCAACACCCACAAGAUUGACAUGGACAAGCUGCUGGGGGGCCAGAUCGGCCUCGAGGAUUUUAUCUUCGCCCACAUUAAAGGGAUCAAGAAGGAGGUGGAGGUUUAUAAAUCUGAAGAUGCCCUGGGCCUCACCAUCACCGACAACGGAGCAGGAUACGCUUUCAUUAAGCGUAUCAAAGAGGGCAGUAUCGUGGACGGGGUGAAGGUGAUCUGUGUGGGCGACCACGUACAGUGCAUUAACGGACAUAACAUCGUGGGGACACGACAUUAUGAGGUCGCCCGCAUGCUUAAAGAGCUGCCCAGAGACAAGACCUUCACCCUCAAACUGGCCGAGCCAAUGAAGGCCUUUGAAAUGCUUGAGCCCAGGUCAAAGGGCGCCAAACCUGCCAGUGAGAACAAGAUCGGUACAGGGAGGGGGACUCUGAGACUUCGCUCCAAGGGCCCAGCCACUGUAGAGGAUGAGCCAACAGAAUUUGAGGAGAAGGCAGUAAAGAAAGUGGACGACCUCCUGGAGAGCUACAUGGGCAUCAGAGACACUGAACUCGCUGCCACGAUGGUCGAGGUCGGCCGUGACAAGAAGAACCCGGAUGAAUUUGCCAUGGCGUUAGACGAGACCCUCGGAGACUUCGCCUUUCCUGAUGAGUUUGUCUUUGACGUCUGGGGAGCCAUCGGAGACGCCAAGCAGGGAAGAUUUUAAGUUUGCUCCUGUCCCCAAACACACACGCACACGCACACACAGACACACACUCCCUCAUUCCCCAACUCACCUCUUAAUAUCCUCAGAAGCAAACUGGACAAACUUCAAGCAGCAUAAACGGGGGUAGAUGAAGUGUUCUUAUCAGCACUUUUGUGUAGCUUUGCACUUAAAGCAACAACCUCAGUCAGUGUGUCAUGUGAAGAUAUCCAUGAAAUGCGAUUUCCCACACUGGACCUUUCUCUUCAAUGAUUUAGAGUUGGUGAUUGAUUCAUAGUCAACAGUGGUCUAUUACACUGGUUAUGAAAUGGUAUGUGCACACGUACAUUUUAAAAACAAUCACAAAGUUUUAAUCACACUUCUACAGCUGUGUCAUUUUGAAUAAACAGAUGUAUCGCAUAGCUUUUUAUAGACUUUUUUCUUUUUACAUGGGAAAAUGUUGCAUAUUUGAUAGCAGCGGCAUUAUGUAAUUAGUGUGAUUGUUGUGAAUGUAGAAAUAUUAUUCUUCCUCAAACAACCUUUUUUUUAUUCCCUCCCAUUCCCUCUUUUUAAAAUCUUUUAAAUGACCUCACAGUGAAGGAAUGUUGGCACUUUGGCCAUAUUCACUUUGCUGAUGUUAGUUUACUUUGUGAUUUUCUUCCAACUCUUCUGUGCGCCUACACAUCUCACUCAGCUUGAGCCCUUCGUCCAUCUGUCAAGAGACUAAGAAAUACAGAGAGCAGCGGGUUUUAUCUAUAAAUGCCUUUAGUUUGACAACACAACAUUCCUUGUUUCUCACAUUGUCUGCCUGUUAGCAGUUACCAUGUCAUCAAAUGAGACUUAUUUAGAGAUACAUGCUUUUUUUUCUCCUGUAAUUUAUUUUAUCAUGAAAAAAUCAUAUGCUGCAAGACAUUUUUACACCAAGACAUGGCUCUGUAUGAAAGAUUAUUUCCUGAAUAAGCCAUUUUGAAGGCUGUGUCUGGAAUGGGAUCAAUUGCAAUCCAAUGUCUUAAAUAAAUGUACUCGCAUUAAUGUACCUGCACUAUUUAAAUCACUGUCAAACUGAAUUUAAAUAGUGAAUUGAUUAGUGUCAUCUACUGGUGUUAACUGUUGACAGCAGUUGCAUAUUGUUUGUCAAACCAUAAGGGAUUCACUAUUGUUGGAUAGACAAUAAAAUGUGAUAUACUGUUA